UCAACUAAUAACCGUAAUAUUAGAAUCCGUGAAUGUGUUUUUCUUUGCGUGAUGAAUCUAAUUUCAGGACCUCUUGUUUAUCUCACCUGAUAAAAGAUGUUCAGCAGAAGCACAUGGAGACACUGAAGGCAGAGACUGUAAUACUGAGCGUGAACACCAUCCUGAUGAAGGAGAAGGUUAAGGAUUUCCAGCUGCUUGAUAAAUACGCUGAGUUCACGAUCAUCUCCACUGUCCGAGAUCGGACACUGGUGGAACAUGAGCUGCGGGCAAGAGGCCGACACCAUGAAGAUUGGAGAGAGGAACAUCUCGGGGGAGAGUUUGAAAAAAUCCGAACUGAUCAGUUAUUCCAGAACAUUUCGGCGAGCAAAUCCAAAUCUGGGAGUUCGUCUGCCGUGGCCGGAGUUCCGGGGAUCGGAAAAACAACAAUGGUGCAAAAAAUUGUUCAUGACUGGGCCACAAAGAAAAUAUUCCACCAAUUCCAGUUUGUCUUCAGUUUCAAAUUCCGGGAUUUGAACACUAUUAACUGCAGAGUAACCCUGAGGGAUCUAAUUCUGGAUCAAUAUCCUUACUUUGGGAAUAUGCUGGGAGAGGUCUGGAAGAACCCAGAGGGAUUGCUGUUUAUAUUCGACGGUCUGGAUGAAUUCAAGUAUAGAAUCGAUUUUGCUGACAGUCGGAGAGACACAGAACCUCAGCACCAGUGCCCAGAUCCCGAGUGGUGGUGUGAAGUGUCUGACAUUGUGUACAGUUUAAUCCAGCACAAGCUGCUCCCAGGGUGUUCAGUGCUAGUGACCACCCGCCCCACUGCGUUACAUUUACUGGAAAAGGCAGAGAUCAGUGUCUGGGCUGAAAUCCUGGGAUUUGUUGGUGAGGAACGGAAGGAAUAUUUCACCAGGUAUUUUGAAGAUCAGGCGGUGGCAGCAGCUGUUUUCAAACAUGUGAAGGAGAACGAGAUCCUGUACACUAUGAGCUACAACCCCUCCUACUGCUGUAUCCUUGGCCUGACACUGGGCCCCUUCUUCACGCAAACACACUGGGACCCGCAGCGAAUUCCCAAGACCAUCACCCAACUAUAUUGCUACUUUAUUUACAACAUCCUGAAAAACCACGGCCGUGAGAUUGAGAACCUCCGUGAGGUGUUACUGAGGGUUGGUCAGAUGGCCUUCGCUGGAGUGGCUGAGAAGAACAUCGUGUUCACAGAUGGAGAUUUGAUCAAAUACAAUCUGCAGCCUUCCCAGUUCCUGUCCGGGUUCCUGAUGGAACUUUUGGAGAGAGAGGGUUCAGCCCGGAGCGUGGUGUACACCUUCCCGCACCUCACCAUCCAAGAGUUUGUAGCCGCAACUGCACAAUUCCUGACUGUAGAUCCCAGGAAUAUCGUGAAACUCCUGUCUGAAGCCCAUGGGAUGACAGACGGGCGAUUUGAAGUAUUUCUCCGUUUUGUCGCUGGUCUCUCCUGCCCAUGGGCAGCUUGGAUCCUGGAGGAGUUUCUGGGUAAAUUCCCUCGUCAAACAAUCUGCCGAGUGAUUGACUGGGUGAAGGAGGAGGUUCAACGCCGGGCUGGAAACGUAAGGAGCGAAGCUGAUAAACGGAGCCUCCUGAACACUCUGCACUACCUGUUUGAGUCUCAUAAUCCUGCACUGGCUCAGCAGACACUGGGAUCUGUGGAGUCACUGUCAUUCAGUUACCUGGGACUGACCCCGAUUGACUGUGCGGUCCUGUCUCAUGUCAUCAGGUACUGUGAUACAAUCCAACGCCUCGAUCUGGUGAGCUGCCGCAUUCAGUGCGAAGGUCUCCAGCGGCUGGGACCGGCUCUGCACAAGUGUCAGCACUUGAGACUGGGAAACAACGACCUGGGAGAUUCCGGAGUGAAACUGGUGGCUGCGGCUCUGAGGAACCCGGACUGUAAAAUACAGAGACUGGGGCUGGACCUUGUCGGUCUCACACAUUCUGGAGCCGAGGAUCUUGUCUCCGCUCUCAGUACAAACUCCUCAUUGACGGAACUGGAGCUGGGUGAUAAUAAACUGGGCGAUUCCGGAGUGAAACUGGUGUCUGCAGUUAUGAGGAAUCCGGACUGUAGAAUACAGAGACUGGGGCUGUGGGCUGUCGGUCUCACAGAUUCUGGAGCCGAGGAUCUCGUCUCCGCUCUGAGUACAAACCCCUCACUGACUCAACUUCAACUGGGAAACAACGACCUGGGAGAUUCCGGAGUGAAACUGGUGGCUGCGGCUCUGAGGAACCCGGACUGUAAAAUACAGAGACUGGGGCUGGACCUUGUCGGUCUCACACAUUCUGGAGCCGAGGAUCUUGUCUCCGCUCUCAGUACAAACUCCUCAUUGACGGAACUGGAGCUGGGUGAUAAUAAACUGGGCGAUUCCGGAGUGAAACUGGUGUCUGCAGUUAUGAGGAAUCCGGACUGUAGAAUACAGAGACUGGGGCUGUGGGCUGUCGGUCUCACAGAUUCUGGAGCCGAGGAUCUCGUCUCCGCUCUGAGUACAAACCCCUCACUGACUCAACUUCAUCUGAGACACAACUCCCUCACAGACCGAUCUGUCCCCGCUCUCCGCCGCCUCAUACUGACCCUUCCGAGACUGGAGCGGAUCUGGCUGUGGGGGAAUCAGUUCAGUGCAGAUGGAGAGAACCAGCUGGGAUGUCUGCGGGGAAUCAGACCCGGACUGAGUGUGGACGUGUGAACAUUCCGGAGUGUAAACGUCACCUCCCUGGGGACCGGAAUAAUGUUGGCCUAUUCCUCGCCCUC